AUGUCGUUUGCUGUCGGCGUGGCCUCCGCCGCGUCUCUAGCCGUCGUGCUAGUGUCUCUCGUCUCGGUCGGCAUGAUCGUCCGCGACCUCAACGACCUCCAGACUGACGUCGAGAAGAACAUGUUCGAGGUUAAGAUGAUGGCCGACGACACCUGGGAGCGCAUGAUGGGAAUGCCCGUCGUCGGCUCCGCCGCCGUCCCUGCCCCCCGUGCCACCUUCCAAUCCGUCGUCGGCAUCCGCCGUGGAAAGCUCGUCUCUAUGCAA